AUGGGUAAAGGACGUCGCAUGAAGAAGCAGGGCCCUCCGGCCCCGCUGGAUGAAUCCAAGAUCUCCAUGCUCAAGAAACGCAAGGCAGGCGAGCCUGACAGUGCCCCUAAGGCUGUCGCAGCGAAGAAGCGGCGGAGAUCCGAUGCCGAUGAAGAGCAGACGAUCUCCAAAAAGGCCGCCCCGAAGAAGUCCAAGGCCAAUGGCACCUCUAAUGGUGUUGCCAAGGCAGACAAUAAGGUCAUUGAAAAGAAAAAGUCCGUGCCUAUGGACUCGGACUCUGAAGAUGAUGAUAUGGAAGAGACGGAGGACGAUGAGUUUGGCAACCUGGAUGCAGUCAGUGAGGGAUCUCUGGAUAGCGAUGAGGGCGUCGAGCGGCUCUCGGAUUUGGAGGACGAGGAUGAUGACUCGGUUAUCGAUUCUGACGAGGACGACCAUCCCCGCGAGACCAUGUUUUCCGACGACGAAGAUCUAUCUGACGCCGAGGAGAAAUUGACCGCCGCCAACAUGGAGGGACUGUCCCGAAAGCUUGAUGCGGCAAAGAGGGCCGAAGAGGAGGAGGCUGAACAGGAAUUGCAAGAGGCGGCCAUGCAGACAAACAUUGCUGGUGACCGCCCCGAUGUAUUCGGUGACGAGACCCAACCUGGUCUGGCGCCGGAUCUGCAGCUCCUGCGUCAACGUAUCACCGAUACCAUUCGCAUCCUCGGUGAUCUGAAGACACUGGGUCAACCUGGCAAGUCGCGUGCCGACUACGUUGAUCUUGUCCUUAACGAUAUCUGCACCUACUAUGGCUAUACCCGCUAUUUGGCCGAGAAGCUGUUCAACCUGUUCACUCCCAUGGAAGCCUUCGCCUUUUUCGAAGCCAACGAAACCCCGCGCCCGGUUGUCAUCCGUACGAACACCCUCCGCACCAACCGGCGAUCCCUUGCCCAGGCCCUCAUCAACCGCGGUGUUGUUCUCGAACCCGUGGGCAAAUGGUCAAAGGUUGGCCUACAGGUUUUCGAGUCUGCUGUGCCCCUGGGUGCCACUCCCGAAUAUCUGGCCGGUCACUACAUCCUCCAAGCUGCAUCUUCGUUCCUUCCCGUCAUGGCGCUGGCGCCCCAGCCCAACGAGCGAGUUCUCGAUAUGGCCUCCGCUCCCGGUGGUAAAACUACCUACAUGUCUGCUCUCAUGCGCAACACUGGCUGUGUCAUCGCCAACGAUGCCAGCAAGCCCCGUGCUAAGGGUUUGAUUGGUAAUAUCCACCGUCUCGGCUGUAAGAACACUAUUGUCACCAACAUGGAUGCCCGUACUGCUUUCCCCAAGGCCAUGGGUGGUUUCGAUCGUGUUCUCCUGGAUGCUCCUUGCACCGGUACUGGUGUCAUUUCCAAGGAUCCUGGUGUGAAGACAUCAAAGGAUGAACGUGACUUCCUCGCCAUUCCCCACAUGCAGCGUCAACUGCUCCUGGCUGCCAUCGAUUCGGUUGACCACUCAUCAAAGACCGGUGGAUACAUUGUCUACUCGACUUGCAGUGUUACAGUGGAAGAAAACGAGGCUGUGGUGCAGUAUGUGCUCCGGAAGCGCCCUAACGUCAAGAUUGUCGACACUGGCCUCGGCGACUUCGGCAGCCCCGGUUUCACCAGCUAUAUGGGCAAGAAGUUCGAUGCCAAGAUGGCCAUGACUCGCCGCUACUUCCCGCACCGUGAGAACGUCGACGGUUUCUAUGUCUGUAAAUUGAAGAAGACUGGCCCCACUCCUGUUGUCCAGCCCACCCAUGAUGCGACUUCCGCUGGGGAACGGCGCGCCCGUUCCAGCUCCCACGCUAAAUAUACCGACGAGGAGUCUUAUGACAAAACUCCCAUUGUGAACGAGGAGGGUGAUGGCAUGGAUGUCGAAGGCGGCUCCUUUGGACCUUUCGAGGAGGAUGAGGAUUCAAAGCGGAUCGACCGUGCAGAGCGCAACCGCUUGCGACGCAAGGGCCUUAACCCGAAGGGUGUCCUGAACAAACCGAAGAAGAACAAGGGUGAAGCAUCGGAGGCAGCCGAAUCGAAGGAGUCGAAGGAGCAAGAGAAAAAGAAGCCCGAGGUGGCGAAGAAGUCCUCGAACGAGGGCAAGGGUGAAAAGAAGACCGUGACGAAGGAAGAGAAAAAGGAAAAGGAGAAGAAAGAGAAGAAGUCGACCAAGAAGGCGACCAAAUGA